CGCCUUCUCUCUCCAAUUGUAGGCACCCUAUGGAUCAUCAUCCCUUUCUCUCUUGCUCUCGUCACAGAAGCGAGGCAACUUAAAACGAGUCUACAUCCCACUACUCUAAUCUCUAGCCCGCUACUGAGGCUUGGGUUUAGCAGUUCCCGCUCCCGCCCUCUGUUUGAACCGUGCUGUACACUCUUCCGUGUGAUUAUGUGAUUAUUCUACUCGGUGAUUAUUACCUCGCUGUCAACUGACAGCACUAAGUUUUUAACAUGGGCAGAGGAAGUUUUUGUGAAUGACUGCACUAAAGUUGCUGGAAUUUGCGGCGUGCUGCGUGGCGAGGGUAUGCUUUUGAGGCUUUCCGUUAUUAUUUCGAGUGGAGGGUAAUGUGGGUUUCUUUGUGACGAGCUUCGACGGAAGGGGAUCUGAUCGGAGGAUUGAGUGGGUCGACUUGUGGGAAUCAUGCCUCCCAAGAUGGGGAGUGUUGAAGAAACCGUUUUGAGUUACAUAAAUCAGACCGUUUUUCGUGAAUUCUAGUUGAUGUUGCGAUCUGAAAGCAAAUGGAGUUGAACUCUGACAGCAAAACAGACCCCUCAAUUCCCAAAUGGUAGCGGAUGCAUUAGCGCAGCAUGGCAUCAAGAAAGCUGCUGUGCAGAAGGUGAUGGAUACGCUGGCAGCUAACGGGAAAAUUUCGUACAAAGAUUAUGGAAAACAGCGAGUCUGCUUGGCUAACCAGUCCCAGUUUGAAAUACCUGACAUCGACGAACUCGAUGCAAUGAAGAAGGAAAAUGACCAAUUACAGGCAGAUGUUGCAGUUAUUCGCUCUCGUGUAUCAGAGCUUGAAGCAGGGGUUAAGUCUACGGAAUCCAAUCUUACCCUUGAAGCAAUUAGGGAGAAGACGGCAAAGUUAAGCUCAGAGAUCGAAGUCAUGGAAUCAAAGGUAGAUGCAUUGCGAGGAGGCAGUGUUUUAGUUACACCUGAAGAGCGUCUGGAAGUUCAAGGAACCUACGAACACAGAUUGGGGUUAUGGAGGAAGAGGAAGAAAAUAUACCAGGAACUGUGGGGUAUGAUUACCGAAUCAAUGACUGAAAAUUUGAAGGAUCUCAAGGAGGAGAUUGGUAUCGAGACAGACGAAGACGUCGGCUGCAACAUCAAGGACCACAGUAAUUUGGGAGCCAAGAAGCCGAACAGAGGACACUAAGCUUUACUCCAGAUACGAACUUAGAUAGAAACAAAAUAUUGGGAGAACUUGUACGAGGAGACUUCCGCUUGUUUUGGAUUACGCCACCUUGAAUUUCUUGUACAGCUUAGACCUUCAACUAGUUCCACCUAAUUCAAUGCCUUCCCAUUUCGGAGUGUUUCAUCUUCUCGGUGCAGUUGAGCAUCAGUUUCAAACUUCUCAGAGCAGGAUGGUUCCUCAGCAUCAUUUGCGAAAGCAGGAGCCCUCCUAAAAAAGGGCUUCGCUUGCAAGUAGAAGUUGGAUCAGACAAGCAUGACUGUCUAUGCUACACUUGUCACCUCCAUCAACUUGUGUUGACUUGUGUAGUAGCAGUAUCUCCACCAGCAUUAUAUCUCAAUUCCAAGAUUUAGAUGUAUAAAUGAAAGUAGUCUCUAUUCUCUCUUACUCAGAACAGGCUCCAUUCUCGAACAUGUUAUUGGCAGUCAUUGUCCUUUCAAGGGGGGUAUAUCACGGGAUCUGUUGGACCUCGUCUUUCUUGUAGUAACAGAUUCUGAACGUUUUGGACUCUUUCUUCACAUGAUUGCUCGUUUGUCUUCUCAGAUGUAUGGAGCUCGGUAUAUGAAACUGAAUUAUAUAAACAAUGGAUCCUUCGUUUCGAAUUA